AUGAUUCUCCUUUUUAAUAUGAACCUAAUAGCAAACUAAUUUUGUUUAAGAAGAUAAUUUAAAAUGCAUUCAAUUCUUAGAGGACAUUAUAAAAAUGUACUCUAUAUUGGUAAUGGAGCAUUAAUUUCAUCUAAGAUAUCUAAUGUUUUUUAUGGAGGAAAUAAUGGAAGCUGCCUUAAAGAUAGUAUUUAUAUAUUAUCUGUAUAUUAAUGGUGUGGAAUAGGAAGUUCGAUAAAAUUAGAUUUAUUACAAAAUUAAGAAUUAAACACUUUAAAAAUAUGGUUUUAGGAUGGAGAUAACAGACUCUACAGGAUUAAAAUUUAUAUUAUAUUUGAUAACAAAGAAACCUAGAUUUACAAUGAUUUUACCAAAAGUGUAUUUAUUAUAACAUUUCCCUAAUAAAUGGUGUCAGGAUUUAGGAUACUUAAUGUAGCCGGUAAUACCUAUAAUUCAAAUUUGCAUUUCAUCAAGGCAGAAGCUUAUUAUAAAUUCUAAGUUAAUAAAUUACAAUGA